ACCAUUGCUUGGUAACUACGCGUCCAAUUCAAACAAUCCAGUUCAAAUGUCGGAGUCUCCGGUCUUGUCAGUCCCUCAGCCGACGUGUAAAGGCAGAACCGUGAAGCCGUGUGGCAUGUGCCCCUCCUGCCUCUUUGAUCGCCCCAAACCAACCCAGCCCACGCCAACGCCAUUGGACCUGUGGAAGAUUUCGGACGAGCCCCGUCGAAGCUUUAUUGUGGGUCUGGUGGUGCGCUGCAGCAGCGUGCCCGUCCUGGAGAACAUCCAGAGCUCAUUGCGCCUCACCUCGUGGAACUUGCUCAGCUACGCGCCGUCCAAGGGCAAGACCUUGCCGGAGCUUUACGCACGGCUCAAUCGCAAGACGCAGCCGUCAGCCUUGAUCCGGGAGAUCUGGGACUGGUUCGACGACACCCCGGAAUGGGUUCAGACGCGCUACCUCUGCCAGCUGCUACUUCGAUGCGACCCAGAGCUGCUGAGUAUGGCCAAGCACCUCAUUGGAGUGGUGGUGACGAAGCUCCAACGGCAGGAGGACGUUAAGAGUUGUAGCAGUAAACAGCGUGAGCAGGCCAGCGGGGACAACUUGCAGGAUGAUAUGAUUCUUCUAGUCGGUGCUGUCCCUCAAGGAUCCUCAAGGUCUUCAUUUGGACUCAGCAGACCACGAGACUUUAUCGGCGGCCUUCCCGCUGACCUGUCCAAGAGGAUUCUGGGGCUGCUCGACGAGGCGACGCUGAAGCGCUGCAUGAAGGUAUGCAAGCAUUGGAAGCACCUAGCAGGAGAGACCAUGGAGGAGAUGCGCUUCAGGAAGCUCUACCAGGAGCAGGUAGAGGCCAUGAUGAAGCGCUACAAAGGUGUAUAUAUGGUCAGCCCUUCAUACGCCAGGAUUGUUGAUGUUGCAGUGCCUGUGAUGCACAACGAGACUGGGGACGUGAAACUGACACACCUCUGGCCCUUUGAAGCAGCCUACGCCAACAUCAAAACUAAGAGAGUGCGGAUGGAGGAGCGUAACAUUUACUGUGGGGCAUAUUUUACAUCUGUGCUGAUUGACGAUGAAGACCCCCACCGCGUGGUGGACUACAAAGGUGGACCCCUUAUGAGUACGGCAUCCAAGGACCGUGCUGUGCGUCUUCUGUACGUGGGGACUGUUGCUAAGCAUGUGGCUCUGAUGAAAGGCCAUGUGGGUAGCAUCCGCGUGGUCCUGCUCUGUCCAGAGCGCCACCUGGUCAUCACGGCCAGCUGCGACUCCAGCAUCAGGUGUUGGAGCGUGAGGACAGAUCAAUGUGUUUUGGUGCUAUAUGGUCACUCUAGCAUGAUCAACUGCUUAGACAUACACGGUGAUAAACUAGUGUCAGGUGCCAAAGACUGCACUGCUAAAGUGUGGAGCCUGGAGACCGAAAAGCACUUGGAAGACUUUAACUUCAAGCACCGCAGUUCUGUGCGCUCUGUGAAGAUCAAUGCCACCACGGUGUUCAGUAGCUGCGACAGAGGAGUCGUCAAACUGUGGGAUGCGGAAAAUGCUUCGCUACUCAGGGUAAUUGAUGCCCACCGCAGCGCAGUCCGAUGCAUGUUUGUGGAUGAGUGGCACCUCUUGUCUGCUGACACCAAUGGUCAGGUGAUGGCCUGGAGUAUCAAACGCGAAACCAAAGGAUGCCUCAUGACGUUUAGUCAUCCAAAGGAGGUCAAGUCUCUGACGCUGGCUUACCUUCGAGUGGUCACCGGUUGUGUGGACGGAAAGAUCCGUGUCUUCAAUUUCCUAACGGGAGACUGCCUAAGAACCAUAAUGGUGGAGGCUGAGACGACUGGUCGCAUGCUGUCGCUGCACUUUUGCGAGAACAACAUUUUAGUCAAUGCCACUUCUUGUGUGAAGCUCUACCAGUUUGCUAAAGUCUUCUGGGAUUAUGAUGAGCCGGCAGCUAAGGGAAGCGCCAGAUUGGGCUGUGAUGAGCCACCCAAAACUGACGUUCCCUCCACCUCUGUCCGGACAAAUCACAUGACCACAGAACAAGGAAAAAGCCUCAAUCACCCUUUGACUCCCGACGCCAGCCAGCGAACACGUCGUGCGGACCAGCUCAGCAGCCCACGCUCUGAGAAUAACACACUACACGGCCACCGUCGCCAACUCUCGACAUCUGUCCGUAACCAACAGCGACACAGCAAACCAAAUUCGACAGACAAACUCCACCAUUUGCAGAAAGAUCGUGCAGGUGCCAGGAAAACAAAGUGA